AUGGCAGCAAAGGGGUCGACAUUCUCAGUCUCCCCAGACCCUAUCUUUUUUAUCUUGUGUCGCACUGACUCGGCCGAGACUAUCCCACCCUCUCCAAUAUUGAUGACGAAGCCGUCUCUGCGUGCUCUGUUCUUUGUUGCAGGCAACAUCCGGACCUUGGCUGCCCUGGACUUGGAGUCUAAGAGCCACUACUGGCUGACGGUGUUUGCACAGGACCAUGGCGUAGUCCCCCUUCACGCUAGACUUGAGGUUUUCAUCGCUGUGGAGAAUGAGAAUGACAACAUCCCCCUCACGGUCGAUCCUGUUUACUAUCCGACAGUUCCGGAGAAUUCUCCUGCCGGAAAGGUAGUUGUGGAACUGAAGGCAGAGGACCAUGAUAUGGACCCUACUCAGAGCCUGACAUUUCGCAUCACUGCUGGAAAUCCUGGCGGCUUCUUCUCAAUCAAUCCCGAUACAGGUAAGAAGACAACGGAAAUGCGUAUUCUGCCUCUGAUGGGCCUGUUCAAGGGAAUAAAAGUAUUUGGAACUGUCUUUCUCCUACUCUCUGAUGUGGUACAGUUACGAGUGGCUAAUCCUGCUGUCAUCAUUGAACCCCAGCUGUAA